AUGAACAAGUCCUAUCAUCUAGGUGAUAAAAUAGCAAUACAUAGUCUUCUCGUAAAAAAGGGAAAAUGGCUGAAGACUCCAAAUCGCAAAUUUAUGGAAAAUAAAAAGAUAUGGUCGUUUCCAGCGACGAUUUCAUCUGUUAAGUGUGGCUAUUUGGAAAUUUUAUAAAUAAAUCAAUGAAUAUACAUUUGCUAAUAUGGAUUCGCUUUUAUUAAUAAUUUUGCUAAAUCAUUUAUAUAGGAAUAUUAGAUUUUCAUUCGAUACUUUUAGGAGAAGAAAAUUCACUUCGCUUCAUCUCUAUUAGAGAUAUUAAGAUUAUUUUGUUUCGCAAUGGGCUGCUUUAA